AUGGCUGACGAUCGACCUCUCCGCGAGGGACACUUCCCAGACACUCCAGCACAUUACUUGCACUCACCGACUGAUCACGAAUCCCCACGUCUACCCCAAACGAUCGCCCAUCGAGGCUAUAAGGGAAAGUUUCCAGAGAACACGUUGUGUGCCAUUGAAGGGGCCAUUAAAGCAGGAACUCAGGCACUGGAGCUCGAUCUGCGUCUUUCCCGGGAUGGCGUUGUCGUAUUGUCGCAUGACGCGACCCUGAAACGAUGCUUUGGCAUCAAGAAGAAGGUAGAUGACUGCGAUUGGGACUAUCUAAAGACCAUCCGCACAUUGAAAGCGCCGCAAGAGCCGAUGGCGAGGCUAGUCGACGUCCUAGAGUUUAUGCGCCAGCCAGGGCGUGAGCAUGUUUGGAUUUUGCUCGACAUCAAGCGUAGCGAUAAUCCCGAUAUCGUCAUGAAGCGAAUCGCGGAGACGAUCGAAUCCGUGCCCAUCCCGGCGAUAGGACCAGACUGGCAUCGGCGAGUGGUCCUGGGAUGUUGGUCUGCCCGAUACUUGCCUUUGUGUGCCCAGUAUUUGCCACGGUACAGCAUGACUUUAAUCUGCUUUGAUUUGGGUUACGCUCGCCAAUUUCUGCACGUACCGCGGAUUUCUUUCAACGUCAACCAGAUGGUCUUGAUGGGCCCGCUCGGUCGUGGGUUUCUGGAAGAAGCGCGAGCUGCACAUCGUCACGUAUAUCUAUGGACGGUCAACUCGCCGAACUUCAUGCGCUGGGCUAUCCGUCAUGAGGUGGACGGAGUCAUCACGGACGAGCCAGCUCAAUUCAAGCAGAUUUGUGAAGAGUGGAAGAAAGAAAGAAAUGAAACAGGCGUCAUCCGAGCUCCAGAGUUGGACCAGCUGAGUGUGGGUGAGCGGCUUCAAAUUCUGGCCGUCGCCGCAUGGCUUGUUCUCUUCGGUUGGUUUCUCAAGCUCAAAUACUUCCCUUCCGUAGAGCGUGUCCAAUUUGAGCAACGCAAGGCCAGUUGA